AUGGACAUGGAGCGCGGCGCCGCGUGCUACCGGCAGUGGAUCGCCGGCCAGGAGGCGGGGCUCGCGGAGCUCGAGGCCGCGCUGGCCAAUGCCGGGGCCACCGACGCCGAGCUGCGGGCCGUGGUGGAGCGGUGCAUGCGCGGGUACCAGGACUACGUCGCCGGCCGGCGCGCGGUGUCGCCGCACGACGGCACCGCCUUCAUCGCCCCGCCCUGGUGUACCGCCUUUGAGAGGUCCGUGCUCUGGCUCGGCGGGUGCCGCCCCACGGUCGCCAUCCGCCUGCUCUACAACCUCUCCGGGGAGGGCCUGGAGGCGCAGCUCGAGGAGCUCAUCAACGGCCUCGGCCCGAUGGGCCCCCUUCCCGUGGGGAGCAUGGGGAUCACGCCCGGGCAGAUGGUGCUCGUCACCGACCUUCACCGCCGGACGCUGCUCCAGGAGAACGUCCUCUCCGAUCGGCUCGCCACCCUGCACGAGGACAUCGCCGACCAACCGCUCUUCCCCAUCGUGCGCCAGCGCGCCGCGCCGGCGGCACAGCCGCGCGCCGGCGGCGGCGACUGCGACGGCCCGGUCGGGCCGCCCGGGGGGGCCGGGCGAGGAGCCGUCGACGCCGAGGUGGAUGCGGCGUUCAACAGCUACAGGGCCGCGAUGGCGCAGCUGGUGGCGGAGGCCGACGACCUGCGGAUGGCCACGGCACGGGCCAUGGCGACGGAGAUCCUGACGCCGCGGCAGGCCGUGGAGAUGCUGGCGGCAGCCAAGCAGCUGCACCUCUCCGUCCGCGACUGGAGCUGCCGUGCGGAAGGCGCCCAGCCGCAGCCUAACGGGCCGCGCGUUGUGCCGGCCAACGGCACCUCCGCCGCCGCCCGCCGGAACCCAUGACAGGCUCGCCUUUGCUCACCCUUUGCUUGCACCUGCAGCAUCCCGUGCGUGCCGUGAAACCACCUCUAGCACCGCCUGUCUUCCUAUAGACCGAUCACCCUAUUACAUAUAUCCUCCAUUAAUCUGUACAAAGUUUCUUGCAUGCUUGUGUGUUCUAAGAAGGUAUA